AUGCAAGUAGAAAUAGAAACUGGUGUCAAUUAUUUUGUUGGCUUAUUAAUUGAAUACGGUGAAGGUUUAACACAGCAAAAUUUAGAACAAUUUAAAAAUUCUCUUAUCAAUAUUCUCUCAUCACGAUAUAUUAAUCAUUGGUAUCCACAAUAUCCACAUCGUGGUGAAGCUUAUCGUUGUUUGACUGUGAAUACAAAUCUUGAUCCAACAUUAUUUCGUGCUUGUCAAGAGGCUAAUAUUGAGCCAGAGCUAUUGAAAUGUUGUUUACCAAAAAAACUCUUUCUUUGGAUUGAUCCUGGCCAUGUAUCGUGUCGUGUAGGCAAUGAACGAUGUCCAAUUCGUGAUUUAUAUCGAUGUUAUACAAAAGAGUAUCAACAACAGUUACAUCAUGAAGAAAAACGAUAUAAUUACUAUCAGCAUCCAUCAUCCAAUUCAUCGUUGUCAUUAUCAAUAAAUAAUAACAAUAAAGAAAACAAAGAAAAUCAUUAUAAAAUCUUGACUUUAUCUUCGAAUAAAAAAUCGUACGCUGCUGCUGUAGAAGGAAUAGAAAAUUCAAAUGUACCAUCAGUAUUAUCUAUUACAACUAGAAAUUCAAAUAACAACAACAAUCCAAUCAUAAUUCAAUCUGAAUCCAAUUAUCCUGUUACAUCAUCGAUUAGAUUAACAGCAGAAAACAAUUUUCAUAGUUAUUCAUCAAUGAAAAAUAAUCAUCUCAAGUAUAAAACAUCGACACGUCUAAAUUUACCGAUACCAAUAACCAUGUCAUCGGUAGGAAAUAUUAAUUUUUAUCGACAACAGCAACAUCAACAUCAACAAACUCACAUUCAGCAAAGUUUUGCCAUUAAGCAACCUAUAAGAACUAUUCAACAAUCAUACCAUCAAGAUCAGUUUCUAGUCGAUCAUGAGAAUAAUUACUGUAUGCAGGAUGACAAUUUGAACAAGCUGUUCAUGAAAAAUAUUUCUUAUAUUCUCCCUAAUCCACAAUACCAGCCACAUCAUCAGCUUUCAACAUACAUGUUUCAUCCACAUCCAUCUACAAUGCAUUUGACUCGCACUUCUCUUCAUCAACAAGUGUCGAACAACACAGGUUGUUAUUCUACAAUUCCCACCAACACUCAAUUUAUGCGUAAUAUUCAUCCAUAUUACCCAAAUACAUCAUUAACAAAUAAAUCACCGUCGACAAUUACAUGGAGUGAUCAUACACGAUCAUUUCUUAGCUCAACAGCACAUACUUCACCAUCUUUUCCAUCAUAUCCAAUAUCCUUUCAACAACAACAACAACAGCAACGACAAAUAUAUUGCAGACAUCAAACUGCUUGGUAA